AUGGCCAAGACGAUGACCCCAGACCGCGGCUCCCGCCGAGACGUGGUCUCGAUCGACCGCGUCAAGCCCGCAACCUCCGACCCAGACGUGCGGCCGGCGGGUACGGGACCUGCUCACCUCCUACAGACGCGGCCGCUGCCUCUGCUCGGACUGCGCUCGCUGCUGUCGGCGCCGCACCCGCCCUGGCCACAAGCACAGACUACGGCCAUCUGUCGCCGAUUCCUCCACAACGAGUUUGACGAGCGGUACCGGCCGACCUUCGAGGAGCAGUACUCCCGGACGUUCCAUCUGGGCAGCACGCGCCUCGAUGUGGACGUGCUGGACACGUGCGGUGACAACAGCUUUCCGGCCAUGAGGAGGGUCUCCAUUGCGCAUGCGCAGGCCUUCCUGCUGGUGUUCAGCGUGGACAGCCACGCCUCCCUCCUGCAGGCCGCCGACUGCUUCAGCGAGAUCCGCAAGCUGCGUGAAGACUUCCGCGAGGUGCCCACCUUCCUCGCCGGUAACAAGAGCGACGUGCCGGCAGACCAGCGCGAGGUCAGCAACAUCACCGCCACCAACUGGUUCUACUCCAAGAUGUCGUCGAACAGAGGCCGCUUUCUGGAGUGUUCCGCGCUUGACAAUACCAACAUCAGCGAGAUCUUCCGCACGUUCCUGUCGCUGGGCGACAUUCCGCUGCCCUGCGCGGCGACAGUGAAGCGGCAGCUGUCGCUGCGCUUGUCGCGACGUCGCGGCGACAGUCCGUCGUCCGACGGCCGGGCUGGCGGCGCCGAGGCGAACGAUCCUGUGACGUUCAGAAAAGCCCGCAGCAAGAGCUUGAUCCGGCGAUCGUCCCGGAAGAAAAACAAGCCAACCGAGUUAGGGGACGACCAGUGCGGAGUGCAGUAG